ACCUGAAGCUUUUUUUUCUUACCAGCUACGAAAAAAACCCACUCCCAAAUGUUUAGUCCCACAAGGCUUUUUAAAAUUAAAUAAUGAUACCACGAAGGUGAAUCGUACAUGGUAGCCUUGCGGAAGGCAUUAGCCGGCUAGCAUUAGCCUCACUGCUAAAAAAAAACAAACAAACAAACAUGGCCGCAAUUUGCUCAGAUUUUGUAGACUGGGACGUGGACGAGUCUUCGCCCAGUGGAUUUAAACAUGAGAAGCAGCUCUCUGCACCGCUGAGAAGGUUCUACAGCCUAAACAAGAGAAAGUUGUUUGCUGCCUUUGUGGCUUCCAAGAGAGAAGGCGGCCAGGAAGACGGACGACCGUGUUGGUGCUGCUGUGACCACAUCUUCAAUGAGGACGCCGCCAUUCACAAGCAUGUCGCCAGGACGCACGGGAACGAGAUCCAGCAGCUGGCACAGGCCGAGUACGAAUGCACGCUAAGCCAGGUAGAAGAGGAACCUAAACAUCAGCAUACGAAUGAAUGCGUGGACGUGUCUGCGUGGAUGCCAGACAUGAGUCACAUCCCUGUGGAGCAACUUGAAAAAGGCCCCGGCAAAGUUCUGUUGUAUUAUCGCUACUGCCAAGUUGAGGAGCCUCACGUCAUCUGUGCUUGGCAGAGAACUUUGUGUGAGUUCCUGCACCUGACUGGCAAGGUGAGGGUCGCCACAGAGGGCAUCAAUGGGACAGUGGGUGGCACUCAAGUCGCCACUGACCUUUACAUGCAAGCCAUGUGCUCACAUCCUCUUUUCAGCAUGGACAAAGAGGAAUUUAAGACAAGCGAUGGCGGUCCACAAUGUUUCACAGGCCUGAAGGUCGGAGUCUUCAAGGAAAUUGUCCCGAUGGGAUUGGAUCCUGACAUCAUCUCCUACCAACUGGCAGGAGUGCAUCUGGAGCCUGAGGAGUUUCACAAAGAAGUGGAGGCACUUUUGGCUGGAGGAGAUUCAUGCAAUGACACCAUCCUGCUGGACUGCCGCAACUUUUACGAGAGUAAAAUUGGGCAGUUUACCCGGUGUCUGGCCCCUGACAUCCGCAAGUUCAGUUACUUCCCGGACUACGUGGACCAGAACCUGGAGCUUUUCCGAGACAAGAAGGUGCUCAUGUACUGCACAGGAGGUAUUCGCUGUGAGCGAGGCUCCGCUUACCUUCGCUCAAAACAAGUUUGCAAAGAGGUUUACCAACUGAAAGGCGGAAUCCACAAAUACCUGGAGCAAUUCCCAGACGGCUUCUAUCGAGGGAAGCUUUUUGUUUUUGAUGAGCGCUACACCAUCUCCUCCAACCAUGACGUCAUCUCUAGCUGCAGGUACUGUAGACGCCCCUGGGACAAGUACGAGCUGUGCACCACCCGGUUCUGCUGCCAGCUGGUUCUGUCCUGUUCCGCUUGCAGGUCGGACGGGCAUAUGGCCUGCUGCCCCACCUGCGGCAGCAAAGAACAGGACAGUGUGCUGCGCAAAGAGGAGUGCGAGUGCACCGAUGGACGUCUCAGAAUCCCUCAGGACGUGAAGUGACCAGCUCGACGUAAACACGCGGUGAUCCUAAUCAGCCACUUUAUUAGGUACACCAUCUACUGACAUCCAAGAGAAGAGCUGAAUCAAUAUUUUUAAAGAUUUGGCAAGUUUUGACCCUCCUGUGCAGCUCAAUAAAGUAAACAAAAUAUUAGAAACACUUCUCAGCAUGAAACAGUGUCUUUGAACACCACUUGAAACCACAACUACAUAUUAUAUGGCUCUUUUAUUGGAGCUCACAGGUGUACAGGUAUUCCUAAUGAAUUGGAAUCGACCAAAAACAUUUGAAUUGACAUUUUGUGCAUAGCAGCCCUUCAGCUAAAAAAGGCUUUUACUUGUGUACAUGUGUUCCUUCUGGGCAUUUUUUUAAUCAAUAAAGGACUGCAC